AACUCUUGUUUUUUGCUCCAACUUUCAACUUCCCUCAUAAAAUGAGAGAUUUUAUUAAGUGCUUAGUUUUACUCACCAACAAUUCACCAACCAUUUUCUCUGAUUACAUGGGUAUCUUGUCUUUGGCUUUCAUAUUUACACACACUACAUAGGAUACAAGAAUAAAUGAUUUCCUAGUUUUCUACCCAAUUUUACCGAAACGCGACCUAGAAUCUCAUUUCUGAUUGGGGCUCUUUGAACAAUUUUCCAGUUCACAUUCGGUUACCGUACUGCAUAGAAGUACGCUCGUGGGAAAGUGUUGCUAUAACGAGUGUACGUUCUCAAGGAAUAUUAAUUUUUAUCAAACGGAUUAACUGAUUUAGUGUGAAACAAACCAAAAAAAAAAUAGAAACGUAACAAAAUUGUCAUUUAAGAAUUUAUUUGUGUUUUUAAAAAGGCCGGUGAUUGCUUCGCGAAGACCAAAAUCUUAACCCUUUUAGCUACGGGUUAUUUUAUUUAUAAGAUAAUUGCGUUUGAAGAAAAAAAUUUCAGAAGUGCCAAUGUAUCUAUAAUAUCAUGCGACAGUGUUAAGAUACGAAUACAAAUUAUUUUAUAAAAAUUGUUAAUGGAAACAAAGAAGCAGCUGUAAAUUCGACAGUGUCCGUAGUUACAUUCAACCCCAUCUUAAAACAUUUUAUUCGUGCCCUGGAGAUUAAUUUAAAAGUGAAUUUUGCUAAAAAAAAUUUGAAUUGAAAAGAAAAAUAUGUGAAAAAUAAAAAAUUAAUGUCUACCUAUAAUAAAUAAAAAAAACAGUGCACAUCAGUUAACCGAUUUUAAAUUGUUUUGCUGUGCAUUCAAGUGAGAAUUUUGCGUGCAUCUCACUUCACAGUUUUUUAGUUUUUUGUUUUACCCUGGUAAUAUAAUCUGAAUAAAAAUUAAAGAAAAAAAAACAUGUAAAAACAUGUAUAGUUAAAAAUUUUAAAAUAUUUGUCAAAGAAAAUUGUUAAGAAGAGAAUAUGGAGUGCUAAAAAAAAAAAUUAAUAGUAGAAGAUAAUAUACAACUCACGCAAUCUAUCUAAAGGAAUUACUAUCUUAUACCUUUGAACAUAAUAAACUAUUGCUGUUUGUUUUUUGUAUGCCAACGUACUUAAAACAUUGUUGUUUCGGAUCUUUCAUCAUAAGCUUCAUGGUCUGAUGCUUAUAACUAGAAUUUCGGAAUUUGCAACAAAAUAUUUUCUACCAAUUGCAUUUACCUAUCCAUUAUGCAUAAUGAGGAGCAUAAGCACAAUAAGAUCAUUGUUUUAGCUACAUGAUAAUUACAAAGGACCUUUCAUUGUUCGGUCUUCUUCAAAAAUAUUAAAGUGAUUCCCUUCACAAUACUAUUAUUAAAUUUUUGAACUUUAAGCUCUUUCAUUUGUGUUUUAAGUACCUAUCUCUUAAUAAUUUUUCAAUCCAUUUUGCCACGUGUCGCGUCGAAACACGGCAAAAAAUGACGCGAGGUUUCUUUUCUUCUUUUUUUCCGAUCCUUAUGAAAAUAAAUGAUAAAAAGCGUAUUAUAUUGUUUAAUCUUAUUUAAAACGUACUUAGUGACUAUACAAAAUAAAACAAUACAAUUACCGAGGAAUUUAAUAAAACUGCAAAGCAUAACUAUGAAAAGCAUGUUACUGAGACUGGAAAUAUUCGGAUUCAUUUUAGCUGUGAUGCUCUUAACAGAAAAUGGGAUAAAUUGCUUCCAGAGAUUUUCCGAGCAGCCAAAGUAUACAGAAGUGAAUCCAAGCCAGGACGCACUAUUAACAUGCAAAGUUAUUGAUAAAAGAGGAACAUGCUCUUGGCAAAAGGAUAACAAGCCUGUUGGUAUCUAUCCAAAGAAAUACGAAUGGGCUGGACGCCCUUCCACCGGGAGCCUGCAUAUGGAUUUGCAACCUCCACCACAUAUUGGUGGCGACUGCUCGCUAUGGAUACGUUCGGCAACGUUGGAUUUUGACGAUGGCCUUUGGGAGUGUCAGGUGACAGCCAGUGACUUUACGACCCAGGAUGCCCUCACCAGCCAGCCAGUGCGAUUAGUUGUUCGAGUGGCACCACAACGACCUCGACUUGAGCAUGAAGGUGCUCACGUACCACCCGGACAUAACAUCACAGUUGACUCGGGUGCGGUGGCGACGGUAAAAUGUGUUUCUCAUUACGGUAAUCCACCGGCAACACUUAAGUGGUUUCUAGGUGAUCAAGAGCUAAUGCCUUUAGGACCGCAAGCUAACUCUACCGAACCAGACAACCUAAGAACAUGGUCUGCAUCCUCCGUGGUGCAGGUGUCAGCGAUGCGUGAACGACAUGGAGAGAUGCUCCGAUGUGUGGCAUUUCACGAGUCUUAUUCUGCAAAAUCAGUAGCUGUGGGGGCGAGGAUGGAUAUAAAAUACGCUCCGAAGAUACGGCUUAUUGGCUCUCCUGAAAUUGACUUGGAAGAAGACAAGGAUGCUCUCAUAAUGCGUUGUGUUGCAGAUGCUAAUCCUCCAGCAAGUGUUGUCUGGCGAAGAGCAGGUCGCUCUGAAAUUUCAAGUUUACAAGAAUCUCUACAACUUCGUCCUGUAGGAAGGCGAGAUGCUGGUCUCUACACCUGUCAAGCACAAAACUCUGUCGGAACGUCAGAACAACUAUCCGUGCAACUUGACGUCAAGUUUCCCCCUAAGAUCUUAUCAGCUGGUCCAGAUCGACUCACAACAGCACCACUGUUUAGUCCGGCUGCAUUUGAAUGUAUCGCUGAGGGCAAUCCCCCACCAUCGUAUAAAUGGGUUCAGAGGAUUUCACACGGAUCGAAGUAUCUCGAAAGAGGCAAUGAAGCUCGUCUAGUUAUCGACAAUGUAACUUACGACUAUCAGGGCGAAUACGAAUGCCGAGCAACCAGCUAUAUAAAUGGUCAGGAACGGACAGUAGUAUCGGAGCCAGUAUCAUUGCAAGUCGUAGGAGCACCACAAGUUCUGCGGCUAAAUCCAUCCAUGCAUUCCGUCUCAGUUAAAAAAGGCGAUUCAGCUACCCUAUCACUAGUAGUUUGUGCCGAUCCAAGGCCUCACCGCGUCGCUUGGGAAUGGGGUUCAUUGCGAUUAGAAGCUGGAGCUGGAGUUGCAGACCGAUUCCGUGCUGAUGAAGUAAUCCAGGACUCACGUGAAGACUGUUAUUUGGCCACAUUGCAUAUUACAAAAACGGAUGAGCAUGACUCUCGACCCUAUUAUUUGGUUGUUGAAAACGAUCGGGGUAUAGACCGACACGCCAUUCAUUUGAAUGUGGAGGGUACGUUCGCAGCAGAGCCCUUGGAGAUGAGCUAUUUGAUGGGCAUAGCAGGAGGUUGCUUAGCAGCAGCAUUGCUCUUGAUGUGUUUAUGUAUAUAUGCAAUACGAGGAAAAAAGUGUUGUUUCAAAGGCAAUUCAGGCUAUAAAUCAUCGGAUAAGGACAGUGAAAAGGCUGAUUUAAAAUCCAGAUCGGACGGCACCAGCGGUCCGCAAGGUGAUUCCAUUUAUACAACCCCUGCGGGUUUCCAUCAUCAACACCACCAACAACAUCCUGGUCAUCAUGGAUCUCCCGAAGCAAUGAAGGUACGAAUGGCUGCAAUGAUAUUACAACCCCCAACUAGGGUCUAGCAGGAAAUAAAUUCGAAUAGCAACAGUACAACAAUGAUGACCUACUACAGAAUGACCCGGAGUUUACAAUACAAAGAACGAAUACUGACCAUGACAUAAGAGACAAUUUUGACACGUGCUCGUGCAUUAAACAUGCUAAUACUC